AUGGCAUAUUUGAGCUUCAACGAAAGCUUCAACACAAAUCUGAAGUUUACCACAGAUGGGACUGAUGAGAAUGACGACAUGCUCAAGAAGGAUUUGCCUUUGCGGUACACUUGGUCAAUCUGGGAGCAGAUCAUGCAGUCCACGGACAAAACCUCUGCGUACUCAGAUGCCACCCACAAGGUGGCCAGCUUCGCGACGGUCCAGACCUUCUGGAAGUUGUGGAAUCACAUGCCGCAGCCAUCGGAGCUCUUGGAGCAGAAGCGAAUGGUUCGCGAGCAGCCAGAUGGGCUGCAUGUCAUCGAUGCGGUGAUGAUUUUUCGAGAAAACAUUCGACCUGAAUGGGAGGACAAGACGAAUGCAGCAGGAGGACAUUUCCAGUUCCAACUGAAGCCGCAAAUUGGUGGUGGUCAGGUGGAUGAGUAUUGGAACAACCUUGUGCUGGGCAUGAUCGGGGCUACGAUCGAACCUGCCAAUAUGAUCACUGGGCUGCGAUUGGUGGACAAACUCUCCGGGCCCAGGGCCGCAGGUGUCAUCCGACUCGAGGUGUGGUUUUCCAAUUAUGAUGACACUCAAGCAGUGAAUGCGCUGAAGAAAAAUGUGGAGAAGUGCAUGGCAACACGGCUGGAUGGAAGCAUUGGCACUGCGCCCAAAUGCGAAGUGAAAUCUCACUCAACGUGUGUGGCCUACCAUGCAGGGGCUGUUUACAGCAGCAAGACGGAGAAAGGGACGGAGCGAGAGAGAGAGAGAGAGAGAGUGUGGGAGGGACCCAAAGAGCCAAAUGCUCCUUUGUAG